AUGGAGAAAGUGGUCCAUGCCGGCUCCAUACCAUCUCCACGCCCACUCUCUGGAAUUGCUGAAAGGGUCGCUGGCUUCCCAGCAAAAGUGAUUACCCGUCCAGCGGAGGGUCGUCGCGGGGGGGGGGGAGGGCAAGUGUGGAGGCCCCGCACUGCGCAUGCGCUGCGCGUCCGGUUCGAAGCCGGCGGCGCCGCCGCGGCUUCCGGUAAGAUGGCGGCGUGGCGAGCGGCGCUGGUGGCGUCCGGGCGGGCUGCGCUGCGGGGGCGCCUCGCGGGGCUGCGGACGGCGCGGAGCCCCCGGUCCUCCUCCGGCUGGAGGGUGGCAGCCGCAGCCCUGCUCGGAGGUGGCUCCCUGGUGGCGAGUUACGGAGGGAGAGCGGGGCUGUGCCCUGCGGUGCUGGCACAGAAGGAAGAUAUCAGUAAUGCAGAAGGGGACGAAAGACUGUCUCUUCGGAAGCAUCGCUUCAUGCAUUUUGCAUCAUUGGAAUAUGAAGGAGAACAUUACAUGACACCAAGAGAUUUCUUGUUCUCAGUAGUGUUUGAUGAAGUUGAACGUAAAGCCUCGGCCAAGAAACUGACAAAAAAGGAGGUAGAUGCUGCACUGCUGUGUGUUGCCAAAGCUAAACCAGGACCGACUUUUUUUAGAGAGCUUGGUGAUAAAGGGUUGAUAUCUUAUGCAGAGUACUUAUUUUUGCUGACAAUCCUUACGAAACCCCAGACUGGAUUUCAGAUUGCCUUUAAAAUGUUGGAUACAGAUGGCAAUGAACAAGUUGAAAAGAAAGAAUUCUUCAAGCUACAGAGAAUCAUUGGGAAAGAAGAUGAUUUGAAAAUAGCUGGGGAUGAAACUGUAUUUCAGGGAGCAGAACUGGAAAGCUGUGAUGUUAAUACCAUGUUGCUGGUACAUUUCUUUGGAAAAGAAGGAAAGGAAAAACUUCGCUAUUCUGAGUUUUUCAGAUUCAUGGAAAAUCUGCAAACCGAAGUCCAAGAAAUGGAAUUCAUAAAGUUUUCAAAGGGUUUGAAUGUCAUGAGGAAAGAAGAUUUUGCAGAAUGGUUACUGUACUUCACCGAUGAGGAAAACAAUGAAAUUUACUGGCAGAAUGUGAAAGACAGGAUCGAGGCAGGAGAGAAUAUCAGUUUGGAAGAAUUCAAGACUUUUUGCAAAUUUACAAACAACCUAGAAGACUUUUCUAUUGCCAUGCAGAUGUUUACUGUAGCAAAUCGUCCUGUUAAACGGGCUGAGUUCAAGAGAGCAGUGAAGGUGGCAACAGGACAGGAUCUCUCAGACAAUGUUUUGGAUACCAUCUUCAAGAUUUUUGAUCUAGAUGGAGAUGACUGCCUCAGUCACAGCGAGUUUAUUGGAGUCCUGAGGAACCGAAUUCAUCGCGGUUUGAGGGUACCGCAACAGCAAGGCAUUCAAGGUUACUGGAAGUGUGUGAAAAGAGAAAGCAUUAAAGGAGCCAAGGAACUGUGGAAGCAAACUGGGAAAAGUCCUUUUUAAAGCAGUCCAUUGUACUUUUUCUAUAAAUGUUGUUAAUUAGGAGGGUUUGUCUGUCCUGUUUACAUAAUAGCUAAAUCAAAAUACUCUUUUUUUACUUUAGUUAAACUUUAAUUAACCCACUUUCUAAUGCAAUAAUUUUAUAUCAGUCUAGUGCAAUCAGUGUGGUUUACAGAACUGUUAUCACUUUUGACCUUCAUACGGAAGUAUUCUUGUUCAUUGCUUACUCCUCUGUGGAGUCUGUGCUGUAGCAUACAGGACAUGCAGGAUUUAACAGGGGCCACUGGCAGGAAUGUCAUAGCAAUAUCAUCUCCUCUUGAAAGAGUAAACAUCAUCUCAGGUAGCCACUAACAUAGCAGUUCCCUUUCCCUGGCAAGGAUAGAGCUUCAAACGGCCAAACCACUUGCACAAUCCGUGCAAAUCAAAUUAUCCUAGAUCAAAAAGCAAAAUGCACAUGGUUCAUGCCCUCAUUACCAUGAACUGCUCAUGUGCUAGUUCCAGGUGGGUGAUUCCACCAGAUCCUGUUUGGAUGUCUGGUUUGUCUACUUUUACCAUGACAAUAUUAAACUGGAGAUAAAAAAACUGUUGGUACAGGCUUUAAAAGUUCCACAUUGAUCUGUGAAUGUGCAUUGAGUCUCUCAGACCUCUUCAACAAAUAGUAUAAAUGAGAAGCAAAAAUCCUUGUUCUGUCAUAAACAGGCUUAGCUACAAUUUGGAUCAUAACUAUUUUGCUUUACUUAUAUUGCAGAAGGUGAAUGUGUAACAAAUGGCUGCUUUAUCUUACUAAAGGGAAUGCUGCAGUAUCUCAGGAAUUCAAGGUUAAAGUCGGCUGACCUUGGCAGAAUAAUAAGUCCAAAGAAAAAGUAAAGAAAAAGGUUUAAUACUCCAAAAUGCAAAGUUAGAUGUAAGAUAUUCAGCAGUAAUCCAAAGAGGAGAUCAAAAUUAACAUUUAGAAAUUAUAGAUGAACACUUUUUAGCUAUAACACAACGUUCAUCUGUGUAUUACAGAGGUGUGCACGUUACAUGUUUGUUCUUUCUUACAGCCUUAGGAGCUGACAGACCCAGGUCCACAUCAGUCUUGCUGAUUGGCCACUGCAUAUAGGAGUCACUUGUCUGUAAAGCUCUCAAGGUUCUUCUUUCCCUCUCCCAGUUGUUUGACUGGGCUGGACUGGGGUGAAAGCUUAAUCUUUUAAGACAGGUUUGUGAUAACAGACACAAAAGAUGGACUGGGGAAAUGUCUCAAGAAAAUAACCAAAAAAUCUCAGCAGUUUGCAGAAGUGUUCUUCCCAUUUAAGCGUGACGCGGGCAAUGUUAUUCUCAAAAGUGUAUAUAAUCUCAACAGGAUGUGUUUUGUUGCAAUUUCUUUGGGGUCUUUUAGGGGGAGCCUUGAGAAGAGGGGAACCUUCUGUGAUAGACAGAUACCAGAGCAGCCCUUAGAUGACGGGCAGGAGAGAUGGCAUUAGGAAACCUUAAAGAUGCCACCUAAGGAUGGCUGAGAUUACAGAGAAGGUAUUUAGUAUGUCAGUAGCCAUCAGGCAGGCUUGUGCUGAGGAGUCCUUCCACCUGAGGCUCAGCACGGCGAUCUUUUGUAGGGAAAUAGAGUGAGAAGCUAGCAAAGCAGCAGCGUGAGCCUGCCUGCUGCUCUUCCCUCCCUGCUAUUCACUUGGAGCUUUAAUUUAAAUUGUAUUAAAGAGAAAAUGCUUACAUUCUUGUGCAACCACAGUCACCCCCCAGAGGAAGCAUGUGCUUCUGUGGCUGUCCUGUCUAGAAGACCAGGCAGCAGUGACCACCAGCGAUCCCGUUACUUCCCCAGGAAAGUCAGAAUGAAAUAAAAUAUGGUAAACGCCUCAGCCUCCCCGCCUCAAACCGAACUCAGGCACUGCUCUGGGGGCAACAGGAAAUUUGAUAGGUGGUUUGCUUCAUAUGUUUGGAAGUUGUUUGUUUCUUCUGGUGAUGGGAGCUAUGAGAAGGAGGUAGCUAAUGGGAGCGAAGGCAUGGCAGCAGGACUGGCAUCAAAGUACCACAGCCAGCUUCACAUCACCAGAUAGUAGAGGACACAAUCGAGCAAGACACAUCUAUGUCACGGAAGUGUGUGUGUUCCCCAAAGUGUGCUUUGUUCCAUCUCUGGCUUUAAUGUAAGGCUGUCUUUUACUUCUUGCUGUUAAUAUUUUGGCAAACAUUUUUACUUUGGAAUGGAGAUUAUCCUUUAAUGUUGUAUUUUGUGUAUUGCUUAUGAUUUAUUGCUUUAUUGCUUUUGUGGAUUCUUUUGUUUACCAAUGACUUGCUUCCUGCAAGCUGUUUGGUUUUCUUUUGGAAAAAUCAAUUCAUUUGGCUUUAGUGUGUCUAGAAGUUUAAUUCUCCAUUGCUCAUUUGUAUCAGGGUUUGUGCAAUCCGCAGUAUCUGCUUUGGGCAGCAAGUUACUAAAAAUGUAAUUUCAAAUUUUAGGUUUUAGCGAAAGCUUUGGUGUCAUGUUCAGAGGAAAAAGAAAACAGAUGUGCGUAUUUUUAGGUUAACGUUGUGUCUGUAGUAAAAAAGAAAUUACAUUAUUGAUAUGAAGAAUUACAAUACAGUUGUGAAGUGUUUUCAGAAGAAGUUAUCCUGAAAGUACAGCCAGAAAGGCCCUCUUGGAAGGCCAGGGAAGACUUGUCCCUCAAGCCUGAAGAAUCAGACUCUGUUUCAUCUGUUUUUGUUUGUCUUAACUAAAAGCCUUUAUGAAACAGUCUUAAAAUAACUUCUCAUGUUAAAUAUUAUAGAUUGAAAGAGCUGUUUACGUAAGUGUUUGGAUUGAUGUUGUCUUUUAAGCAGUUUGUGGUAAAUUUAACAUUAGAUACUUUAUUUCUUUCUAGUAACAUGGUGGUAUUUGCAACCUUUGUCAGCAUUACUCAACAUAAUUUAGUUAAAAGUUUAUGCCAGCUGCCAAUCUAUCAGUUACAUUUAUCAGUUAUGACUCUUUUUCAUGUUAGGAAUUCUUCCUCUGAACAGAAAUAGGUAUAAAAACUAAAUA